AUGAUUCCAGUCCGUGUCACAGGAGCUUUAACCGAGAUCUUCUUUCUUUCAUCAGCGCUGUGUCUCCUCCCCGUCUGUUUCCCUCGCCGUUACAUCCUCCUUGAAGAGAGACGGACCUGGGCCGGUGCUCAGAGCUACUGCAGAGAGAAGUACACUGACCUGGCCUCAGUCCACAACCAGGAGGAGUCUGAUCAGCUGGUGGCUGCUGCACAGAAAACGUACCAGGAUGAUGUGUGGAUCGGACUCUACGACUCACCUGACAGCUGGAGAUGGUCGUUUGAAGACGAGGGAUACUACAGUGGAGGCGAGUCCGGCUUCAGGAGGUGGGCUUCUGGUCAGCCUAACAACUUCGGCGGCGAUCAGACCUGCGUACUGAUGGCGCCUGGUAAAGGAUGGAAUGAACGUGCUUGCAGUACCAAAGCCCAGUUUGUCUGCUACGAUGGUAAGAAACAUGAAAUGAACAUAAACGGGUCAUUUCUGCCCUUUUGUUGAAGGUGUAGGUCACGAUUGUGUUGCAUUUGAAGCAUUAUUCCUCUGUGUUCCUGACCCACAUGGCUUCUUCUGUCCUUCUGAAACCUAACCUCAGGAAAAUCUGACGCCAAGGCCUCCUCCAGAUUCAUCUAUGUGGAUGAGGAGAAGACCUGGAAGGAGGCUCAGGACUACUGCAGGGAGCACCACACCGACCUGGCCUCUGUGAGGAACAGAGCUGAGAACGAUAAGAUCGAGAACAUGGCUCGGGAUAGAAACACCUGGAUCGGCCUCUACAGAGACUCGUGGCGUUGGUCUGAUGGGAGCCCCUAUACAUUCAGGAACUGGAGCACUGCUGCAUUAAAGAGGAGCUUCAAAUCUUCCUAUGCGGUUUUACAUCAAGGCCAAUGGCAAGACUCCAGCUGUGACAGUGAACUUUUCUUUGUGUGUUACGUUGGUGAGCGUCAAACACAAACUUCACACACAAAUGUUUAUAUACAGUAUCUCACAGUAAAAGUACGGCACGUGUGUUCAGUCUUGAUGCUUCUUUCUCCUGCAGACCCAGUAAUGAAGCGAAGGGUGUUGAAGGUGAAACUGUCUCAAACGGACUCCUCUUGGAACAUGGAGGAAGCAGCAGACGCCAUCUUGCAGCAGGUAACAGUAGCGAGCGUUUUGCACGAAGAUUAUCCAAAGUUGGAAACUAAAAGAGUUUGAGAUUAAAAACUUCAGAUUCUUACAGCUAACUGAAAAAGUCUGCAGGAGUCACCACAGUGCAUCAUGGGAAACUAGUCGGUUGUAGCUCACUUCAUCAGGGUAGAGGGGUCAGAUUCACAAGGUUAAAACAGGAGCGUUAUGUUACCAUGGUUACAUAGUUAUUGCUUGUGUUUCUGAACCGUUUGUGUUUUCCAGAUCGGACAGACGCUGAAGGAGCACGGCGUGGAUAAAGGCGUGAGGCUGAUGUGGAGGAAGCAGCCCGAUAGAAAGAUCUUCAACAAAGACGAAGAGGAAAAAAAGAGUGAGAUGACCUCCACCUGA